AUGCCGCCGGAUCGUACCGCUCGUGUUUGUCACAAUGGAUGGAUCCCCACAAAUCUCUUUUCUAACUGGCAGAGUUCGGGAUCUAAUCGUGGUGGGUCGAAAGGGCUGGUCCGCCGCCCCAUGACGGCUUGCGAAAGCUGUCGUGAGGCCAAGGUCAAAUGCACUGGGCAGCAGAAAUGUCAUAGGUGCAUCGCCCGUGGCCUCCUUUGCAGAUACACUGCCAAGACGGGCCCCGGAAUUUCCACACUCUCCGCAGAGAGCGUUCGCCGUUUGCCGAAUGAUGCAGUCGCAUGGCCGUCUCCAAUCCGAACUACCAGCGAGGAAAUGCCCCUGGAGUUCAAUAUCAAUGCACCAGAUCAAUCCCCACCGGUACACACACCUUAUGUGUCAGGAAUGGGACUUGAGUCCAUGCCGUCGGCGGACUGGGUGAAUGAGAUGCCCCAUCACAGCAUGAAUGACUUUGACUGGAGGCCCAUAGACCCAGUCUUGAAUUCUCUAGCUCGCUCUUCCAGUCUUUCGGUACAAAACGGGGUUGUCUCUUUCGCAUCCAGCUGCCUAUGCCGAGCGAACCUGAUGCUUCUCUUGCCCAUCGUCACAAGCGCCAUGCGAGACAAACGGUUGGACGAAAUCUUCAAAGUGACAAGCGAAAUGAUGAGAGGCUGCCAGGAUCUUGUCGACUGCACCACUUGCCAAGUCAGCUGCACAGACCUGCUCAUGAUGAUGACCAUCCUCCAAGAGACAUCCUGUUGCUUUGAAUACAUUGCCCGAUCCGAUCUCGAUGGCGCCGUCAAGAUUACCUUCGGUGGCUAUGAAGUCUCGUCUAAUGAUGCCAAGUUCAGAGCCAUGCUGGUCAUGGAUCUAGUACAAAGAGCCAGCACGGUGUUGACGUCGAUUAAUUCCAAUUGUCGGAGCAAGGUGGCAGAGUUGGGUGAUGAGCCGUGUACUCUAGCACAGGCGAACAUUGCGUACCUAGACGCGACCAUCGGUCAUUUCAGGUCCAUGCUUCGGUGCGUUGCGGGCUACGUUACGGACUCGGUUGAUAAAAGUGCCUCUGCGUCUGAGGCACCACUGGGCGUCCGUCUAGCUCAGCCACCGAACGAUUGACAAGUUUGAGGAUGAAUGUUCGUAUGUUAUUACCAGCGGCAUCUUCGUGUCAAAUCAUGACGGCACCAACUAUAGGCUUCUGCGACCGGGUUCACAACGCGGGGCAGCAAGGAAGGUUUACAGCGGGAGGAUAGGCGACUCACACGAAGCUAAGCGAUGGUCUGGAGUGCAUAGUCCUUCUAUUUUCAUAUCUGCAUUGAAGUAUUAGAUGCCUCUCAAUUUAAGUGCUUUUGCUGCCUCCGGU